UGAGAAAUUAAGUCACACUGCACUAGAACGAGAGAGAGAGAGAGAGAGGGAGAGAGGAGAGAGAGAGAGAGGGAGAGGGAGAGCACCGACACUCAAAACAAGUGAGCCAACGAGAAGUAGUAGAAGAGUUCGCACACACGCGCACACACUGAAGUAGUAGAAGAGUUCGCACACACGCACACACACUGAGACAAUAAGCAGAAGCAGAGAGUCCUUGGGGUGAAAGAAAAGAGGUUGGCUAUGGCACAGGGUUCUGACAGCAACGACACCAGCUUCACCAGAUCUCCAUCCCCUGGCAAUAAGGAGGACUCCUCUGACGAUGUGAAGAAGGUGUUAAGGAGAGAGAAGAACCGAAUUGCAGCUCAGAAGAGCAGGAUGAGGCAGACACAGAAAGCAGACACUUUGCACUUGGAGAGUGAGAAUCUGGUGAAAGAAAACGCUGCUCUGCGAAAGGAGGUGAAGAGACUGACGGAUGAGGCCAAGUACCUGACCAAUGUGUUGAACAGCCAUGAGCCUCUGUGUUCAGCACUGAGCUCCCAGGCAUCUGAGAUCGUCUACUCUCCACAUGGCGCCUUCCACCAGCCCCACAUCAACUCUCCACGCUUCCAGCACUGACCACGGGAGCACUCCACACUGCCACGCUGUCAAACUCAGGGAAUAAGAGUCCAAGGGGUCAUUUCCUGUGGAAAAUAAUAUGGGACUUGCUAAUUUAGAGUCACAAUGACUCGCGUGUAUUUGUUGUUUGUUUUGUAAAGCACACGAAGCAAAGAUUAACUGAGCACUUCUAGAGCUUUUGACAAGAUUGAGUAACUUGAACUGUGGAACAGAGGCAUGGCUUCGAAGGAGAGGUCAUUACGUUCUGUGUUCUUCUCAGUGGCACACAAAAAGAUUGUAAGUGAGCUUUUGUUAAAGCUGAUCACUGGUAGUUAAAUUAUAAAACGUGAUGAGCAAGAUUAUGCUAAAAUAACCCCCACCCCCCCCCAUAUAUUUUCAAUUAUUGAAUGGUAUUUUUGCUUAGCUUGCACUGCCACCUCAUGGCUGAAUGCUGAUAUAGCAACUAGAGAAAAUUAGUGUGUGGUAGAAUUCUUAUUGAAUUCACAGUCUGGGUCAUAAACACAUUGUUAUUGAUUGUAAGAUCCUUUUGUAAAUACAUUCAUCGUACAAGAAUGUUUUAAGAGAGAAAAAGAUAGGGUGCCACUGCCUGCUGAUAUAACAGAAAGCGUAUGCAAUAACUUUGUAAGUAGGCAUAAAGUUUCUUUUAAAAAUUCCAGCUAUAUAGAUGAACCUGAAUGAUGUUUAGUUGUGAUACCUACCUCUCUUUCGGUGUUUGGUGUUGUGGAUUUUGCCAAUGCAUGGUUACGAGGGGCACCCUAGCUUUUGGAAUAUAUUGCAUUUUUUCAAUAUUGCAGUUUUCUCAAUUGCCCUCCCUACUUUUUAAACCUCAUAAAUCAAAUGAAUUGUGAUUGAUGGUUUCUUUAAUUACUGUAGCAGCAAAAUAUGAAAACACAUCUACUACAAGUUCAACUCAAAUCUGAAUGCACUGACAGAAACAGUGACAUAUCACUUGGAUCACUGUAAUACUGUGAUUUGAACUGCGUUUGCAUUUUGUAUGUCGAAGGCUAAUAUGCUCUUGAUGAAGGUUUAGAUUUUGUUCUUAUCACAUGAUAUAUAUUGAUGAUUGUAUCCAAGAGCUGUGUUAAUGCUUUCUCCAUAUUACAGGAUGUAUUUUCAAAGCAUUUAAUUCUAUUAAGUAACUCCUACUGGAAAAAAGAAAAGUAGGUUACUGUUACAAAUUGAAAAACAAACUCCCACUUAGAACUUCAAAUUUACCUUUGUUGUCUGGUUCCAGUUUUGUGAAAUGAACCUCUUUUAAAAACAACAGGACUUAGUUAAAGAGUAAAAACUUUAAAUAUAUGGCCUACCUUUCUUAACAUUGUGAACUUCCGUUGGUAAUCAUAGAAAUUAUAAAUGAUACAAACAGUUUGGACUCAGUUUUAAACGGUGAAAGAAAAUAUUUAUACUGUAUAAACCUUUUUUUUCAGGUAUCAGGCAGUGUUGUUCUUCUUUAUAAUGUGAUUAUAUUUUGAAUGUCAGACAAACAUGAAUGUAUUUUUUAUAGCAUUUUUUAGACUGGUCAGGUCUACUUCUGUAUCAACAGGGAUUACAACUGUAAAGUAGCGUUUGAAAGUAUUUUGGACAUUGUAAUUGCAGCUAAAUCAAGUGUGUCAAAGUUUGUUGGUAAUUGCAGCUUGUAGUUUUCAAAAUAAAGCUUA